AUGUGGCGGGCAAACGAGAGUCCAAAUGUGAAGAACUAAAAAGCCAGCGCGAUGCGCGUGUGUGCAGAGACCUAUAUGAUGAUCCGCGGGCGCCCGGAAGGGAGGACAGGUUAAAAGGUGUUCUUUUGGUAAGAUAUCUUCCAUCCCUGUCUCGACCAAUGUGUAUAUGUAACACCACCGAAUGUGUUUGAUAAAGAGUGAUCAGAGCGGUCUUUGCACGCAUACACUGUGGAGCAGAAGUACUGGCAGGAGAGAGAACCACGGCGCGAGAACACCUUUCUUACCUGCCGCCGCGUUCUCAAUGGAGCAGUUGGGUGCGAAGCACCGAGUCGAGCGGUUUGUUUCUGCCUCCUCAUAGCCACGGAAGUCUCAUUGCUAUAAUUUUUAUUGCUUCCCUUAAAAACUUUUUGUUUUUAUUUUUAAAUUUCUUCAUAAUUCUUCACAUGGUAUGGAUUCAUCAGAGUGAUUUUGUGAAAAAGGAAUAAAUAAAAUUUUCCUCUUCUUUGCAAAAGAGGACAGAAAAAUUCCCAGUGUGUGUUAUCCUUAGCGUGUAAGAAAUAAAAAAAAACGGAUCUUCUAGAACUAUACGCGUAGCGCUAAAGACAAUCCGUCCAACAGAGAGGUGGAGUGAAGAAGAGUGAAUUGGACGCAUUUUAUAAAAAAUUUGCAGAGAAAUGGCUCACCUGUCGCCACCACCAUCACCACCAAUACCGCAGCAGUAUCCCUUCUCAGGAUUGCAGCAUCUGGAAUCACAGGAGAGUGUUAUCCAGAGAGCAUCCUCCGUGUUUGGUGCUUCCUUGGAGUACAAAUGGAAUCCUAGAGAUCUCUCUCUUUUGUACAAUCCCCUCUUGUACUCGGGUGCAUUCUUCUGGCCACCACUUCUUUUGCCAUGUCCACCUGCCGUCACAACCAAAUGUGAUCUUGCACUGACACCAGAGAAAGAGGAGCCAAUUGCAAUUGAUGAGGAUAUGCCAUUGAAUUUAUCAAUGAAACCCCAAUCGUCGGCUACAACGCCAACAAGUCGUUUUGCCCCAACUAUUUGGUCACCGGCUAGUAUGUGUGAGAAACCCACCGUGGAUGCCGGUAGUAGGAGUAGCAGGAGCAAUAGUAGUACACGGAGCACCAGUAGUGCCGAUGACAGGGAGCAUCCGCACACAACAACAGCAGCGACGGGACAUCAGGGACCAUCAUCGUGCGACGGUACCCGCGAUGGGGUACAGUACAAGUUUAAAAGUGAAAUUAUCAACCGCAUCAAGCGGCACAGUGGCAGUGUUGAUGAUGAGAGAAAUGUGAGCGAUGAGAAUGACAUGAAUUUCAACAUGAAAGUGCGCCAGGUGUUUGCAAAUCAGAGUGCAGUGAGUGAUAAGGAAUUUCUCUUCUUUCCCCAUUUUGCCCAUCAUAAAGACAUUGAGGUGCUACGGCAGAAUCGCACCGAUAUCUUUGCCGUCAAUGGUAUUAAGCAGGAGCACGGUGGGAGUUUGCAUACAACACCUGAUUCCACGGGACACGGUGCUACUCACAUUGGUGGAGAUGAUAAGAAGCGCGAUAGAAAUUUUCAGUGUAAACAGUGUGGGAAAACAUUCAAGAGAUCCAGCACUCUGUCUACGCAUCUGUUGAUCCACAGUGAUACCAGACCCUACCCCUGCCAGUACUGCGGCAAGAGAUUCCACCAGAAGUCAGACAUGAAGAAGCAUACGUACAUUCAUACAGGCGAGAAGCCCCAUAAAUGUGUUGUCUGCUCCAAAGCAUUUUCCCAAAGUAGCAACUUAAUUACUCACAUGCGGAAGCACUCUGGCUACAAACCCUUCUCAUGCGGCCUCUGCGAGAAAUCCUUCCAACGCAAAGUGGAUCUUCGGCGACAUCGUGAAAGUCAGCACGCUGAUGAGCCGCAGCUACACACAGGAUUGGCCACCAUGAGACCCCACCACGGUACACCAUCCACGGGGAUGGAUGUCAAAAUUGAAGUAACCAGUAGUUGCUGAAGAACACCUAUGGCCGCGUCCUACAAGAACCAACAUCAAGUAAUUUUAAAUUUCAUAUUUAAUAUUUUUUCUCUCAUAAUUUAUCCAAUUACAAUUUCCUCCUUUUUUUUAAAUAUUUGUUUUAGUCUUUAGAAGCCAAAGCACAUUUUUUUUUCUUUAAUGUGAAAGCGAGAUGCUUGAAAAACAAAAACUUAGUAAUCCUUAACUUAAUUUAAUCAUAAAAAAAUCUGUUCAAGUUCAACUAAUAAAUAUACAAGAAAAGCGACUUAAUUAAUUUGUGUGAACCAAAAAUCAAUAAGACAAAAAAAAAGAGAAACAGUGAACAUUUUUUCAUUGAUUUUAAUAAAAUCUAGUCGAACUUAAGGUGGUUAUUAUUUUCAAAUGAUAAAAAAAGAAAUCAAUUAGGGAAAUUGAAGCGCUUAAAUUAAAUUAAAAGCUAAAUAAAAAAUUGCAGGCAGUACAGAGAGAGAGAGAGAGCUGAAAAGAUAACCUUAACAUUUCCCAAAGAACCAUUCUUUUCACUCUGGUUUGUGGCACAUGACAAAGGGGUGAAAACAAACAAAAGGAUUCCAUUGGGAAAAGCUCUAGAAAAAAAUGUUUCUUUUGCACGUAUGAAACAUUUCCGUCCUUAUGUCGAUUGCUGAAAUAUUUUCUAAAUUAUCUCCCACCUAGGAAAAUAUGAAAUUUAAUUGAAUAUUCUUCAAGACAUUUUAAUCUCGUGCAAGAUUAUUUUAAAUUACAUGUGUAUCUUCAAAAAAAUGUCAUUACAUUAUAGCAAAAGUGAAUAGACCUCCAUUUUUUUGUCUGCAAAAAAAUCAAAUAAUAAUGGAAAUUCUUCCUCAGUCAGCAUCUACAUACAUAAUCUGUGUAUUGCCAGAACCUUAUUAGCAUUUCCAUGAAAGUGAAUUUUAUAUACAAGUGAGUAAAGUAGUGUUACCGCGCCAUGUUGAAGCAUUUCACCGAUUAAUUUAUUUCACCUCUUUUAUUUAGCAAAUUAAUUUAAAUUCUUUUAACGUAAAGAGUAAUCCACUUUGCCACCAUUUCUCGUGAAGAAACAAACAUAUUAAGUUAAAAGGUAACAAUGGGAAUGUAAUUAUAAAUGGAGAAGAAAAUCAAAGUUGUAUAGAAGUUAAAUGUAUGUAGUUGAUACGUUUCUGUAGUCAUUGUGAAUUGAAAAAAAAACACAAAUGGGGGAAAACGUAUAAAGUUAACAAACAAAACAAAAAAAAUACACAAGACAGCUAACAUUACCAAAGAUGUGUAAUUGAAGAAAUGUGUAAAAAAAGUCUACAUGAUAGUAAAGAAAAAAAAUCAACAUAAAUUAUUGGCCAUGAAUAUAUCACAAAUUGCCAUACUUUUUCUUUGAGAUGAUUUUGUAAAUUAUUUUGCCAUAAUGUUAAAGAAUUUUUUUUUACUCUUGCAUAUAAUUUUUUUUUAAUUAAAUAAGCAUCUCUUUUUGUCUUUUUUUUUUAGUUAAUGUAAGUUUUAGUUUAUAUAUAAGUAGAUAUGUGUACAAAAAGUUGCUAAGUGAUUUUUUUCUAGUUAAAAAAAUAAAAAUUAAUGUUUGAGAAUUGCAAAAA